UACUAGUCAGCUAUAAACUUAAUAAAGCACCGCUAAUAAUUUCGCCUCCAGUCAAGGGGUGGCUUGUGAAUCUGAAACGAAGUUAUUGCAUAUGCAUAGUUGGAGGUUCUACUAAUUUCCACCACACAACUAAACCUAAAAAGCUAGCACAAAGUAAUAGUACUGAAGCAAAGAAAUUAAAGAAGAAGAAAAAGAUGGGAGUAGCUGAAGAAGCUCACAACGUUAAAGUGGUUGGCUCAGGCGAGAAGACGGUGGUACUUGGCCAUGGCUUUGGCACUGAUCAAUCUGUUUGGAAACACCUUAUGCCUUACCUAGUUGAUGACUAUAGAGUUGUUGUAUAUGACAACAUGGGUGCUGGACCGACAAAUCCAGAUUACUUCGAUUUUGAACGUUAUGCUUCUCUUGAAGGUUAUGCCUAUGAUUUACUUGCCAUUUUGGAGGAGCUUCAGAUCGAUUCUUGCAUUUAUUUAGGCCAUUCCUUAUCCUCUAUGACUGGUGUUAUUGCUUCCAUAUUUCGUCCUGAUCUCUUCUCUAAACUCAUCUUGCUUUCUGCUUCUCCAAGGUUUAUAAAUGCAGAUGACUAUUACGGAGGAUUUGAAAAGGAAGAUAUUGACCAACUAAGCCAAGCGAUGGAGUCGAACUACAAGUCAUGGAUCGACGGUUUUGCGCCGUUAGUAAUUGGCGGUGACAUGGACUCAGUGGCAGUACAAGAAUUCAGCAGAACCUUAUUCAACAUGAGACCAGACAUAGCACUAAGUGUCUUUCGUACAAUCUUCACAUUUGAUUUAAGGCAUUUUCUAUCUCGUGUCACAGUGCCUUGUCACAUAAUUCAGAGCUCAAAGGAUUUGGCCGUGCCUGUGGCUGUCGCAGAAUAUAUUCACCAAAAUUUGGGCGGAAAGUCAAUUGUCGAAGUCAUCUCAACUGAAGGUCAUCUUCCUCACUUGAGUGCACCAGAAGUCACUGUUCCUGUGCUGCUUCGCCAUAUUUCUCAUGAUAUUUCCAGUGAUACUUUUUAGAUUUUAGGAUCUGUGUAUGCUAAGCUGAAUUACGUUUUCGUGCUUUUAACAUUUCUCUCCUGAUCAUAGAUGUUGCGUGGUGCUGUAUAAAAAUAAAAAAACAAGUAUAUUUUCCUCCAUAUCUUCUGGGGAUUUAAUUUAUAUUUACUGCAAUAUUGGUAAA